GCCGCGCGCCGGGACGACGCGGCCGGCUCCGGGGCGCUUUGUGGGGGCUGCGGGCAGCGGCGCCAUGAGCGGCGCGGGCGGAGCGGCGGCGGCCUCCGUGAGCUCGGCGCCGCCCGCGCCGGAGGAGGGCAUGGCGUGGUGGUACCGCUGGCUGUGUCGCCUGUCGGGGGUGCUGGGCGCCGUCUCCUGUGCCGUCUCCGGCCUCUUCAGCUGCGUCACCAUCCACCCUCUGAACAUUGCGGCCGGCGUGUGGAUGAUCAUGAACGCAUUCGUCCUGCUGCUGUGCGAGGCGCCCUUCUGCUGCCAGUUCGUUGAGUUUGCCAACGCAGUGGCGGCCAAGGUGGACCGGCUGCGCUCCUGGCAGAAGGCCGUCUUCUACUGCGGGAUGGCCGUGGUGCCCGUCGUUAUCAGCCUGACCCUGACCACGCUGCUGGGCAAUGCCAUCGCCUUCGCCACCGGAGUGCUGUACGGACUGUCUGCUCUGGGCAAGAAGGGCGACGCCGUCUCCUACGCCAGGAUCCAGCAGCAGAAGCAGCAGGCGGACGAGGAGAAGCUCACGGAUACCCUGGAGGGGGAGCUGUGAUGUGGGCGGGGACCCUCCUGGAGACCCUCCCUCCCCCUGCCCCGCGACCCUGGUCUGUGUGAGCACGUCCCUGGCGAGCAGUGACCCCGAGGGGCAGCCUGGAGGAGGAGCCUGUGUCCGGCUCCCUGGGUCUGGCCCACAUGUCCCCCCGUCUGCCCCUCCCCCAGAUCGGCAUCAUCCUGAGCCAGGUGUCCCAGGUGCGGAGGCCUGGGUGAGGGCUCUGAGGGCCUUGGCUGGCAGUGGGCGGGGUGGGGUGGCAGGAAGCAGGGGCUUGGGGGGGUCCAGGCCUCGGGACGAGACUCUUCCCAGCUGGCCUGUCCUGGCCGGCAACAGGCCCCCGGGUGGGUUUCCAGACUUACACAGCUGGCAGGACGCCCAAGAUCUGCUGAAGGCCUGAGAGGAGCUGCUUCUGGAGACUCUGGUCCCAUCUCGAGGUGGGAGGCGUGUCCACCCGGCCUGGGCCUUGGCCACCGCGGCCUCCUCUCAGGCCUCCAGGCAGGAGAGCGUCCCAUAAGCUGAGCCGCCUGGGCCGCCUCUGUCCUCCUGUCAUCCAGGCGGAGCUGUGUCCUGCUGCCCACAGCCUCCCACCCCUGCCAGGGCCCCCCCCCCCCCCGUUCUCUGUGGGACCCCGUGGUGCUCCCGACGUGCUCCUCCAGUGCCCAGGGCAGCAGCCUUGGCAGCGACCCGCCUGCUGGCAGGGCCGUGCUCCGCCCCGCCCCGCCCAGUUCCCUGAACCUUGGACAAGCACAGAGCCAGGACACUUCCCGCGGGCCUGGCCGGCCCCCAGGCUCUCCCCAGACCGCAGGCCCCGGUGCUAAGGGAGUGGGGAGGGCAGGCUCUCCCCUGCCCCGCGGGGCUGCCCGUUCGCCUCUCUGAUGGGGACCUGCUGACCCCCAGCCCCCGCCCUGCCCUCGUGGAGCGUCCUGCCUUCUGAGAGCUGGGCAGAGGCUGGAGGCGCCCCCGCCCCCACCACGAGCUGUCCCCGCUGCGCUGGGUGCCAGGCCACCCAGGGACGGGGCCCUGCCUGGACCUGCGCGUCGCCUCCCAGCCUCCCUCCACGCGCUGUCCCUUCCUUCCGCCUCUGCCCGCUGGCCGCUCGGGGUGCCAGACCGUGCCUCAGCCCUCGGGCGCGUGCGCUGGGCCUGGCCAGCCCGGCGGCGGGGCGUCCGUGGGCCGGCCGGGGGCUGAGCUCCUGCUCCCGGGACCCCGGGCUGGGCCUGCCCUGAGCGCCCAGAGCUCAGGGGCCCGCUCCUGCGCUGUGACCAGACGCGGGGCUGCGGUCUUUGGUUUCCGAAGGGACCUUUCAUCUCGGGGGUCUGUCAGCGUUUGAGGCUGGAAGGGCAGGCACCGUCCUGGGGCCAGCAGCUCUCCAGGGAGCCCGACACGUGCCUUCAGGGGUCCUCGGGGACCACCGUCCUCGGGCCAGCGCGGGGUUCAGGGGGCUGCGGGCUGUAGGCCUCUCCAGGCCGGCCGGGUGGGCGUGUGUGCGCGCACGUGUGUCUGUGUGUGUGUCUGUCUCCUGCGUGUGCCGUGAAUAAGACCUGUCUACCUCCCAGGAGGAGCAAGGGCCCGCCUGCCCCUCUUGGCUCUUUCUUACCCGGGAAGUUGGACUCUGGGGUCACUCCUACCCCUGCCUCCGGGGCCUUGCCGACGGGGUCUCUUUGCUGCAGGAGGAGGAGGGCUGCGUGUGGGUCGAGGAAGCGUGUGCCUCUGUCCUGUGAGGAAGUUGGGUGGGCCCUGCAAUCCCUUGGUCACAGGCCAGAGGUCACAGGUCACUGGCUGCGGUUCUGAGUGAGUGUAGGCAGCUGAGCGGCCCUGGAGCUGUGAUGCUGUUUCCCAGUGGCGGGGGCGGGGGGGUGGUCCCACCUUGCCUGGGGGUGGAGGGGCAGGGCCACUGGAGCCCUCUCCCACCUCCGUGGCUCCAGGCUCUGUCCUCGUGUGGGCCUGUCUGCUCGCAGUGUGUGGCUUGUGUUUGCAGCAAUAAAGCCUGGUGGUGGUUUGUAUUCUCGCAUGGCUGCUCGUCACCUUGUCCCUCGGGCGCCCCGAGUAAGCGGCAGGGCUGCCCUGACUCCUCACCAGCCGCGCAGGGGCCACCAGCCCCAGGAGUAACCGCCAUGUUCUCGAGGUCCUGCGGUGCCACUGGCCCGGUGCUGGCCUGCACCCAGCGUCCCAGAUGAGGACAGGGGCUCGCCCGAGCGCGCAGCUGGGAGGAGCUGGAGCCCCGUGGUCUUCGCCCCUUCCUUCUGCCUCGUUGGGGGCAGGUUGGGGUGGCCCCAGAGAGGUGGCCUGGGGCAGCAGGCCCUGGCAGCCUCGGCUGAGAACGUGGGUCUAGACUGGCUGCUGGAGGGCCCCCCCCCCCCCGAAGUAAACCCACGCCUUCCUCUCCUGGGCCGUGGCCUGAUUUAUUUGUAUAAAUAGGGCGAGUGUGGCUUGCUCGCGAGUGCUUCCUGUUCCCAGAAGUCAGGUGGGUGUAGGAGGCAGUGUCCGUGCUGGGUCCUGUACCCUGGCCUGUGGGAGUCCAGAACGUCCCCUGUGGUGUCACAGGCCCUCCCGGGCGCACUUCAGAGGCUCGCUGGCUGCCACGCGGUCCAAGCAGGAGACGCUGACGUCCCUGUGCGGAGCCGCUGCACCGCCACAGCGCUGUCUGUCCGCA